GAUCGCGAUCAGCAGUUGAGCAGAUUCAGUCGCAGGGUGAAGUUCGUAGUAGUAAGAAGCCGGCUGCCGGUUUUUCUUUGUCUUCUUAUUUGUGAUACUUAAAUUUGUUAAAACUUAAAUUUUUUUUAAAUUGUGAUCAUGGAAGUUCUUUCGAUUAAUAAUAACCAGAAGUACAGCAUUGAAGAAGAAUGGGACGCGUCCGAGUAUUUGGACUCAAACGCUCCGGCUGUGAUAGAGGCGCUCUCGAAACGGUUAGAGGCCGAACUGAAAGACGCCAAAAAUACCCAUCUGAUGGUGGAGGAGGUGUUGCUUCCCAACGGGUUGACCCGGAGGAUCGCCCAAGACAUUUUCAAGAGGGCAGACAAUGAGCCCUAUGGUCUUAGGGGUUGCAUCCUGAAGAUCAACUUUGAAACCGAGGGGGUUACUAGGAAAAUUAGUGCUUUCCAUUGUGACCCCACAACACCAGCCACUUUUGAAAUCUACCUUACUUUAAAGCAGAACACUGCAAGCUGGAAUCAUUUCCUGCCACAAUUUUUAAAAAAGAUAACCAGUGGUCCAGUAAUAAUAAGUCCAGAUUACCAGGUAGAACUAAAGAAGCUCUACCGUUCUUCUUUAUAUUAAAGAGUCAAGCUUUAAUUCUCAGGAUCAAAUCCUGAAUUUAUAUGAAAAGACUGAAUUGUCUAUCUAAUGAAGGAUAGAAGUUUGUCUCGUAUUAUCAGAAUGAUGAAGGGGUGUGUUUUUUGUACAAACUUGUGUUGAAUUUAAAAGAUUUAAUUUGUAAGGGUAAGCAACUAACUGUGUAUCACAUUGUUUCUUAAAAAGUUUAUUAUUAUUAUAUUUGACCUAUUUCAUAUGGUCACAAUGUGUUUUCUUAUGUAUAUCAUAGGUUUAAGUGAGUUUCAGAUCUAUAUUUUGUCUAUAUAGGUAUUAUAGUGAUAUAAUGAGUUGAAAAAUUUAAUUAUUAUAAGCAAUACAACUGUGACGAGCGAAAUCGAGAUUUUAAAAAGAGAAAAUCUCGAAAUGAUUUUAGUGAUUUCUAAGAAAUCUGCUUAAAUUGUGAUAAUUUUGUUUUAAUUAUUUUUUUUUUCUUUGGGAAUAUAGAAACAACGUGAUGAUUGUUAAUAUGUUUUUUGUGAUAUUAGUUAGAUGAGUCUUAAUUUCAGUAUUAAAUUCGCUAAUUCUGAAUCAGAUGACAUACAUAAUCAGUAGUUUUUAGGUAGUAGUUGUGAUCUCAAAUUAUAUUGUGUAUGAAGUGAGUUGCUGUUAUCUCUAAACGAGGCCUUGCGGACAAUAAUAUUGAAUGAUGGUUUUAAAAAAAAUCCUCUUACAUUAAAGAGGAUCGAAAGAGGGUCUCUGCAGUAAUAACAUCAACGUCAAAGUUUAAGAUGUAAACGAACUAUAUAUAUAUAUAUAUAUAUAUAUAUAUAUAUUACGUAGCGCUAAGAAAUUUUGUACUUUUUACAGAUUGUCAUAAUUAUUGUAAAAUUAGUACGUUUUUUUCUAUUGUAAAUGUGAUAGUACAGGAUUCUGUGCAAAGCUUUUUUUUAUACUUAUGCAGAACAUUAUUAUUACAAAAAUAAAAAAAAUCUAAUAUUUUA